UAACCCCCCUUAGUCGGCGCUUGGGCCCAGUCUCUCUCUGAACCUGGGGCAUAAGCGAUGAGAGGGGCUGCGUCGCCAUGGAAACGAAGCGGGCCGAGAUCCCCAGCGGCGUCUUGGACGACCUUUGCAGCCGGUUCAUUCUGCACAUCCCCAGCGAGGAGCGAGACAACGCCAUCCGGGUCUGCUUCCAGAUCGAGCUGGCCCACUGGUUCUACCUGGACUUCUACAUGCAGAACACACCAGGACUGCCUCAGUGCGGGAUAAGAGACUUCGCCAAGGCUGUGUUCAGCCACUGCCCUUUCUUAUUGCCUCAAGGGGAAGAUGUACAGAAGGUUUUAGAUGAAUGGAAGGAGUAUAAAAUGGGAGUGCCCACCUACGGAGCCAUCAUUCUUGAUGAAAGCCUUGAGAAUGUGCUGCUGGUUCAGGGAUAUUUAGCCAAGUCUGGCUGGGGAUUUCCAAAAGGAAAAGUGAAUAAAGAAGAGGCUCCACAUGACUGUGCUGCUAGAGAGGUAUUUGAAGAGACUGGUUUUGAUAUAAAGGAUUAUAUCAAUAAAGAUGACUACAUUGAAUUACGAAUCAAUGAUCAGCUAGCCCGUUUGUACAUCAUUCCAGGAAUUCCAAAGGACACUAAAUUUAAUCCCAAAACAAGGAGAGAGAUUCGGAACAUUGAAUGGUUCUCAAUUGACAAAUUACCUUGCCAUAGAAAUGAUAUGACCCCGAAGUCCAAGCUGGGAUUGGCACCUAACAAGUUUUUUAUGGCCAUUCCCUUCAUCAGACUGCUGAGAGACUGGCUUGCUCGGCGGUAUGGUGAUUCUUCAGAUAGUGACAAUGGAUUCUCAUCUACCAGUAGCAGCACACCACCUAAACCAAAUGCAGAAAAAAUGAGAUCCAAGCUCCAUUAUAGCCAGCAGGUGUUCAUAGAUAGUUCUUCAGGAGACCAGUGGACAAAGCACAGGCAAUUACAGCAACAGAAGCCAUAUAACAAUCAUUUUGAGAUGUCUGAUACUUUAAAACUGAAGAACACACGCGGCAAUGGUAGAAAACAGUACCAAGACACACCUAAUCAAAAGAAGAGAAUAAAUGGAGUUCAUAGUCAGCCAGCUAAACAGAGCCAAACUCUGAAAUGUGAAAAGAAGUUAAAUCCAAGAAGACUACAAGAUAAUUUUGAAACAGAAACAACCUAUGACAUGUGCUGUGUGAAUGAAGAUCAGCUCCUAGAACAUGGACAAUCACUGUCAUGCAACGGCCAUUGCAAAUUCACUUUCUCUUCAGAAGCAUUUCUGAGCUUCAAGUUUGAUCAUGAUGCUAUAAUGAAAAGUUUUGACCUCUGAUGCUUAUUCAAAUGCACAAGUCUGCCAGCGACCUGGUAUGAAGCAGUCGAGUGGGUUUCUUAAAUCCAGCCUUUACCCUUUCUCAGGUUUUAAAACAAUGCAGGGACCUAGUGAUGGGCUGGGAGGCUUUGUUCUCAUUGCAACAUGGGAGCGACACCACACAGUAUUGCACUUUAAAUACCGUAUAGCUUUUACCUGCAAAAAUGAUUUCCAGUGUUUCAUUCGCUAGUUCUGAACUAUGCAUUACAGGGCAUUUUUUUCAUUUGUUUGUUUGUACUCUAUGUUUAGAUUUCAGAGACGUAUUUUAGCCUUAGGGAUGUGCUAACCUUUUACAUAUAUAUAUUUCCUCUGAUGGAUAGUAAAUCUUUCGUAUUUGAUUUCACAAGAGGGUGGAAAUUCAUGUGAAACCUCUAUAUCAAUGUUCUGUACUGUAAUUAUAAUUCGACCUUUUCUGACUGUAUGCGAAAAGGCAAACUUCUGUUUUGAGAAUUCCGCAUCAUUAUUUCUUGGGUCUCCUGGCUUUUGAAACAAAUUUCUUCCUUUAUAUUGGAACCUUUUAUAAAGCCAUGUUUUUAAAAUUUCCUUAACAUCUUGAAAAGCAGAAUUCUGCUCAAUAAUCGCUUUUCCAGCUCCAGUGAGAUGUGCUAAUGGUAUACAGGUAUGGGUAAUUUGGUUUCCUUGUAUUAAUAUAGCUGUUUUUCCCCAUUGAAAUGUCUAAUCAACUGGAAAAACUGCAACUGCUGUGAAGAUGCAACAUGGAAAAAUGGGUUUGUGGAGAUAAUUCAGACAUAUAAAAUGUGGAGAUGAUUUAGACAUAUGGAAUGUAAGCUAACAAAUUUUAGAAUCUGCAAAGAGAGAACUAAAUGCAUGAUAUUUAACAACUUGUAAUCCUAAGUGGGAGUGGGAAGGGGCAGUAGAUCUACCACCACAUUGCAAUCUCUGCUGGGAUGCAUCAGUCAUAGCAGAAGGUGCAUUUGAGCAGCUUUGCCAGGUUUUUCACCGGUGUGGAAGGCCCUUCUAUUUUAAAUUUCACCCCUGAAAGCAAAGGAAAGGGGAAUUAUACCCAAGGUUGGGGAAAAGUGGAUUUGAACCCAAUGGAUCCAACAUCUCUGGUCCUGUCUCUGGAAUGUUGCUUUUGGGCCUUGACACCAUUUGCUUCUGCCUGUGGCGCUCCUCUGUUGGCAGAGGGACACCUCUGCUCCAUCCUAACCCUUUUUAGCAGGCAGCACCAGAGGACAUGAUUGCACUGUUAAUUAGACUUGUUAAUUGUUCACAUUUCCUACAGUAUUUUGCUAAUAUAUCUGUCUGAUUUAAUAAUGAGCUCAGUGUCACAGUAGUUGUUGUAAAAAAUGCAUGAAGCUGCAAAAAUGCAUGAAAUGUGAAGAAUUUAGCCUGUGAAAAAGAAUAGCAGCAAGGAAUGCAGGAAUACUGGAUUUAAAAUACUGCUUUGGCUAUACUGAAGGCACAUGUGUAGGCAAAUGUAACUUGCCUACAGAGCUACUGAUUAAUUUCCCUGUUGUUUACUGCCCUGCAUGACAAGUAAAGACUUUGGCAGUUUAUUGACAGCGUAUAUUGAAAUUUUGAGAUUACUAACAUUACCCCAGAUGGGCUUGAAAUUUUAAAUUGGGGAAAUGAGUAUUUUUUGUGUAUUGUCCAUGAAGUACAGCAUGUUUUCUUGCAAAUACCAUAUAAUUUAAUGCUUUCCUUUGCUAAAAAAAUUGUACAGUGGAGUUCAUAUAUACAACUAUUAAAUUGUGUGUCUCUUCUUCACAAUUGGAAAAGAGGAUCAAAUUACCUUCCAAAUAAAUUAAGUUUUAAUUACAGACCAUUUUUUAAAUGGUGGAUUGUAAACUCAACCUAAUGAUUAUGUUUUUCCAGCACUUCCAGUGUUUAUUCAAGGUAGUAAGUUUAUUGGUUUUGGUGAGUUGUCAAGAGAAAGACAGAAGGGCUUGUGAUGGGUCUUCCUGUCUUCACCAUCUUGAGGAAGACCUGUUUGCUUCUCCUUUGCAAUAAAAGUUCCUAUUAUGGUAACUUAUUAUUCACUGAAAAUUGGAUUUUUAGGCUGCUUGUGCCAGUUUUCUUUCAGUAUGUAGGAAUGCUACUAUUUUUAUUGCUUUUUGUUACAGGUAAAAGGAACAUUGACACACCUAUGUGAAUCUAAACUAUGAAAUGGAUCCCCUUAUAUGAAUAAAUGGCUAAGCUUGCCAUAUAAGCUGAAGCCUCACAGAGGAGGGGAAACCCACUUUGUGUUAAAGAGCAUGGAAGUUCUGCACUAAUUUCUGGUUAUACAAAGUGUAAUUUUCCUUUUGCAAAGACUAAUCUCUUUAGCAAAGAUAGCAUCUGGCUUCUUUAUUGAGAACUUUCCAGAUGCUAUGAAAGACUACAAUGGCUUUAUUAACCUAGCCUUAAGUGGGUUUCAAAAAUAUGCUAAAUAUGCAAUAAUUGUUGCUUUCACAAGGUACUAUAUUUCAUAAAGUUGUGUUCCUUAUUUUAUUGUCAUAUGGGUUCUUGGGUGCCCUGCACUGUGAACAUUUCAGGUUUAAUUUUUGGGUUUGUGGUGGCAUGUCUUGUUUUAUUUUGCUUGCAAAAUGUUUAAAUUAAUCGUUUUAUACUUUUGUAUUCCAAAGUUCAGGCAUAUGGUUUAUAUAGAUUGCUGUAAAGCAGUGAAGAAAAACCAAAUGCGGUAAUGGUAAUGACAUUUUGUUUCUCUGAAAUGGGCAUUUUAAAGGAUAAGAAUAAAUGAUUUGUGAAUGGAUUUGAUCUUCAUUGAAAUACCUUACAGUUUGAAUAUUGGGUAUUUAUCUUGCCUGCUUGUUGAGGGAGACAUGACCACCUCUCAUCUGCUCCUAAAUGAAUUGUGUCAUCUUACCCUUUUGAGUUCAGUUAUUUGUACUGCAGAGGGAAAUAAUGUUCAGCAGACAAGGCUUUAAACAGAAUUCUUAGGAGGGCAUAUUGACCUUCUGAGACAAGGUCUGUAUAUAUAUAUGUGUGUGUAUGUACUUGUGUUCUGUUUGGUAAAAGCUUUGCUAUGUUUCUACAUAUGGCUGCUGUGUUAGGGAUAUUGUUUUUAGUUCAUGAAGAGUUUUUUUCUCUCUCUCUAGACUUGCAUGCGGUUGAAAGCUUUUAUAUCCAUUACCUGAGCUUUUGAGAAAGUAGAUUAGAGGAGACAAAAGCAUGGUUUGAAUUUUUAUCUGUUUUUAACUUUUCUAGAUUACAGGCAGCUUUGAUAUUUGAUCCUGUGAAUGCCAAUGUCAGCAGCUUGUGUUGCAGAACUGUAUACUCAGUACUAGUGCACACCUGUUGUACAAGUUACUUUCAGUCUCAACGUGUGUAUUGUUCACAUGGUGAAUCUCUUGCAUGUUGGCUCUCUGUCGCUUAUCUGGUGGGUUAUGUACAACUAUCUACCAUGUAGAUAGAGCUUGGUCAUUGUCACAGAUUAGGAGGUGCCAGAUAGGUUUAGGAACAGGAAUUUAAUACUAGUUGUUGCCUUAGCAUUUGUUGGAAAGAGGAAUUAAUAAUGCAAGUGCCUCUUGUUCUUUUCCAUUUUUGCCCCACUUGACAUAGCAUGUUUUCAUUUUCUGUCUGGGAGGAGAAACUAUUCUGAAUUCUGGUUCCAAGAGUUUGCGCCUUUCCCUGUUGGGCCGUGUAGAUUUUAUGUUUCCUUCUGUAUAUGUUAAGCAUGUUAGAGGUUUUUCUUUUUUAUUUGUGUGUGUGUGUGUUACUAUUUAAUUGUUUGUGAAUAUCUGUUCUGCUUCUGCUCCCUGACGCUAGAGUGCUAACAUGUAACAUUAAUUCACUGUGCACUGUGAAGGCAUCCUUACAGGAAAACAAUCUAUUACUAAAAUCUAGGUAUGCCCUUUCAAAAUAUGUAGCUGUCUAUUCCAAGAAGGGAAAGAUAAAUAUGCUAAAAAUGCUGUUCUCUGUUGUAAGUACUGAUAGAUCACUGUGUCUUGUAUGCUCACUUUCAAUGAAAAGUUCACUGUGCUUCCAGAUUGGUUAUCUAAAUCAAAAUAAUAAAAUGGGCAUGAGAUUGUACUUUUUAAAUAUCUUCACAAUCAUGAAAAGAACAAGUGACCUGAUGAAUUAAAAUCAAUACAAGUUUAAUUUUUGUGCUAAUUAGGACAGUGGCCAGGAUCCAACAAUGACUUACAUGUACACAAAGACUGCCACUCCCCCUUUAAGCAGCAGCAUCCCAUGCUACACAUUAAACAUCUGUUUUUUGAAAAUGGGGUGUUGCAGGGGCAUCCUGGUAUAUGUGGUGUGUCUGCUGAUUCAAGAGAAAAACAGGAAAUUUACAAGCUCUUAGAUUCAGCUCCUGGCAUUUGAUUGCUCUGGUUUAAAUAACCUCACCAGUGAGUCUCAGAAAUAAAGUCUAAGAACUGUAGUUAGAAAAGGAAACUGUGUUAUGUUUUUCUUUUGAAAUGAAUUUUUUAAAAAAAUACCAUUCAAUUUAGUCACUGCAUAACACUACAGUGUAAUCUAUUGUGAAUUUUUUUUCUGUGGACCAGUAUUAUUAAAAGGGAAAUUGAGGUGGUAUGGAUCAGAUCAAGAAAUAAGUAUGUAUUUUGCAACAAAGAACUUUUCUAUAACGGCCAAUACAUCAGAGCAGGUGUGAGGAACAUGUGGCCCUCCAGAUGUUAUUUGGCUGCAACUGCCAUAAUCUCUAGCUAACUUAGGCACUGUUGAGGGAUAAUGAGAGUUGCAGUCAGGCAUCAUCUGCAAGACCACGUGUUCCCUAGCCCUGAUUUGUAGAAUGGAUUUAAAUGUGUUAUCUUUUAUAGCAAGAUAACACAUCUGUAGUAUAUGAUAACAAGUGUGUGUUCUUAGCCAAAGUAGUUUAUUCUUUAGUGUUAGAUUGCUUUUGUGUAGCAUAACAAACAUUUUAAAUGGUUUCUAGCUUGAAUAAAUUUUAAUGUAAAAACUCAAAAUCUGUUCUUUUAAACAUUAUGGUUUCUGAAGAAUGAUGUGACUGCAGAAAGGGUUUGUUUCGGAUACGGGUAGUAGUUUAAAGUAUCACCCAGGAUGCCUUCAUAAAUGAGGUCCCAUUUGAGUAUUGGAAUUAUUGGACAGUGUGUGAAAGCAAUGGGUUAAGCGGUUUAGCUUUAAACCCAGAAAAAUCUGUGUAAGCUUCUAUGGAAGGUACAAGGAUAGGUAUUGGCAAGGCUAAUCUUCAGGUAAUGAAUCUAAUUUGAAUAAAUGUGCUUGGUCUCAGAAGGAGAUAGGGAGCAGUGGACUAGUUCUCUGAUGUGUAUUUCUUGUUCUGUUUGUUACAGGUUAGGAAAGUAUUGGUUUUUCUCCCCAUUGUUUGAGUAAAUUAAAAUGGUUUGACAUUGCUCUUGAAAGUAUCAUUGGAUGCCUAGUUCUCUAAUGUAUGUGUGGUUAUUUGGCAAUUUUCUUUUUUAUUAAUACUGUUUCUGUAUUUUUAAAGAAAUUCUUACUGCUAAGGCAUGUUGAACUUGUGAAUAACUGUAAUGACAUGAAAUGUGAUUACUUUUCUUAACUGGAAAAUGUAUUUUUGCUACUAGGCCAUAAUUGUAAAGAAGGUUGCAAUGAGCACUGCCUUGGCUGGUAGCAAUAUUUGUUUGCAUUGUCAAAGGAAGUAUUGUUCAAGCAUUAUGCCUGAAUAGGAAAUGCCAGCAUAUGUAGGGGAGAUGGUACGGCACACGUAAUCCUGUCUACAGCUUCUUGCCAUGUUUUAUUCAACAUCUUAGAAACCACCUUGUAAUUUUUAUUUGAUCUCCAGAUUGCAGGUAGGCUAAACAGUUACAGUUGAACAUAAACCCUGGUGUACAUGAGGAUGUUGGGUGUUAUGUGCUGCGUAUGUGCCCCCUUUAUUACUUGUGGCUUCAGUAGAACAAUGAAGCAUUUUUCAGAAUUGUACAGUGUAUUGAUAAAAUAUUGUGGUAUUGCAUUUGGCAGCCAUGAAAUGUGAGGACAGAGAGAAGAAUUUGAUAAGGUAAUGUCUGUCACAUGAACAGUGUACUGAAUGUAUGUGUAAUGCUUCUAUCAUUUUUCAUUAAAAUUGUUAAUUUCA